AUGGCUAGGCACGCAGCAGAGAAGACGACACCGGAAGAGCUUUUGGACGAGCAAUUGAUUCAGCCUCAAUUGACUCCGUCGGCAGACCUCGAAGGACAGGCUGCGCCAGCUGAAGAACAGGAUGUCUUUGGUAACGAGGAAGGCGCUGAGAUACAGUACAAGACGUGCAAGUGGUGGAAUGUCGGCACUCUUAUGCUGGCGGAAAAUGUCUCAUUAGGCGUCCUCGCCCUUCCUCAAGCGCUUGCGAUCCUCGGUCUCGUCCCCGGUCUCCUCUGCAUAUGCUUCCUAGGCAUCAUCGCUACAUACACUGGCUACUUGAUCGGCGAGUUCAAGCUGGCUCAUCCGUCUGUAGCGAACUACGCGGAUUGCGGCAUGCUUAUGAGCGGGCCAGUGCUUCGCGAGGUGCUUGCUGUCGGACAACUACUAGUCUUGAUAUUCAUCAUGGGGGCGCACAUCUUGACCUUUGCGGUCGCGAUGAAUGCGAUGACUGACCAUGGCACUUGCACUAUCGUCUUCACUGUCGUCGGACUAAUCGUCUCCUUCCUGCUGGGGUUGCCCAGAACGUUCAAGAACAUCAGCUACUUUAGCUACUUUUCUUGCGGUUCCAUCAUUGUGGCAGUUACGGUAACCAUGAUCGCGAUUAGUAUCCAGAAGCCAGACAUGGGCAACAUCGUUGCUGUGCGACCCGAUGUACCACUCGUCAAGGGACUCGCACCCGUGAUGAACAUCGUCCUAGCUUACACUGGACACGUCGCCUUCUUCUCGUUCCAAUCCGAACUCGAAGACCCUCGCGACUUCCGCAAAGCCCUCAUCUUCGAGCAGGAUGCGCUUCCUCCACUGAUGUGGCUAUGGCACAAUAAGAAGAAUGGUAGGCUGUUCUCGUCGACUUCGCAAACGGCUUUUACCAUCUUGAAUAUCUCGAUUGUCAUUCUAGGAAUGCUCAUUGUGAGUCCACUCCCCAAGACACUACAAGACGAGUACUGA